CGGCCGUGCGCCUCCAUUUAAUUCUGGGGAGCGGCGCUGGCGACAGUUGCUGUGGUUUGCUUGCCGAACCGCUUUGUAGGAGGCUCGUGUAUGCGAGUGAAGCGGUGAGUAGCUGCAGAUCGGGAGGUUAGGAUUUCAGCUUUCCUUCUGAGGAGCAGGACCGGGUCCCCUGCUUUCCCUCCGCCGCUCCGCGCUCGGGUCUUCUCCGAGGCCCAGGUCGCCUUCGGGGCGGCUGAAGAGAAGGCCGCCGGCGAGAUGUUCAAAAACACGUUCCAGAGCGGCUUCCUCUCCAUCCUCUACAGCAUCGGCAGCAAACCCCUGCAGAUCUGGGACAAAAAGGUGCGGAAUGGCCACAUCAAAAGAAUCACUGAUAAUGACAUCCAAUCCCUGGUGCUAGAGAUUGAAGGGACCAACGUCAGCACAACUUACAUCACAUGUCCCGCAGACCCCAAGAAGACACUGGGAAUUAAACUUCCUUUCCUUGUCAUGAUUAUCAAAAACCUGAAGAAAUACUUCACCUUUGAAGUUCAAGUGUUGGAUGACAAGAAUGUGCGCCGGCGGUUUCGCGCAAGUAAUUACCAGAGUACCACGCGUGUGAAGCCCUUCAUUUGUACCAUGCCCAUGCGGCUGGACGACGGCUGGAACCAGAUUCAGUUCAACUUGUCCGACUUCACCCGGCGAGCCUAUGGCACAAACUACAUUGAGACCUUGAGAGUUCAGAUCCACGCCAACUGUCGCAUCCGGCGGGUUUACUUCUCCGACAGGCUCUACUCUGAAGAUGAGCUGCCGGCAGAGUUCAAACUGUAUCUUCCAGUGCAGAACAAGGCCAAGCAAUAACCGAAAUGCAAUUGAAGGACUAGACCUUGGACCUGACCCUUAGUUCAUAAAGGAGGCUAUCUUGGAGAACAAUGCAAAACACAUAUUUAUAUUCAUUCCCUAUGCUAUGAUUCUAUUAAUUUGCUGCUUGGUCUCCCUCGUGGAUCCCGGUGACCAUGGCACAACUCCAUGACUUGCAUUGUAAGUACAGUAGGCUGAGCAUCAAUGCUGCACAAGGGGCUGCUGGAGC